CGAGGAAGAGUGAGACGCGGCGGUUGUCAUGUGCAGUCAGCUGACGCGUCCUUCCCCCUUGCUCGAGAUGUUUACUUUCUUUUGUCUAGCGCUCCUGUCGGUGGUCGUUUCGCCUCUCUUCUGAAUGAAUGCAGCGCUAUGCUCGACCCAGGAGAGCCAUGGUCGUCGUGAACUCGGUGCUGAAGCUGCUGCAGAGGCAGACCUACACCUGUCUGUCCCACCGAUACGGUCUCUACCUCUGCUUCGGGGGGCUCGUCCUCAUGAUCGUUUCCGCCUUUCAGUUUGGAGAGGUGGUGGUGGAGUGGAGCCGGGAUCAGUAUCACGUGCUUUUUGACUCCUACAGAGACAAUGUGGGUGGAAAAUCAUUCCAGAGCAGGCUCUGUCUGCCCAUGCCUAUUGACGUCGUGUACACGUGGGUGAACGGUACAGAUGUGGCUCUCCUGAAGGAACUGAGGGCGGUCAAAGAGCAGCUGGAGGAGGAACAGAAAGCUCUGAGGGAACAGUUGGGCAAAAACACAAGUGACACCACAGAGGUGCCAAAAGAUAGCGAUAAGCCCGAAUGCCUGCUGUCCCACUGCAUCGUGGCGCCCAUGCUGGCGCUGGAUCCCGCGCUGCCGGCCAACCUCUCUCUCAAAGAGCUGCCGGCGGUGUCGGCCUCCCUCUCUGCCGCCAAGGAGCUGCUGGUCAUGAGCAAACCGUUCCACGUGCCCGUCAGCGUCUCCGUCGUCGUCUUUCAUUCGCAGGCUGACGCUGAUAAAGCCUAUAAAGAUCUUUCCAGGGAGGUGCAGAAAUUUGCUGUUUCCAGAUGCUAUCUGACGACAGAUAAAGAGGCUCCGGGUCUGCUCCACAUGCAGUCUCUGGCCUACCUGAGCGGCUUCCCGGCAUCCAUCAAAGAAACGGAGCAGCUGCGCGUCAAACUGCCUUCAGCCAUAACCAGCAAGAUCAAGCAGUUUGAGCUGUACUCUGAGGCCAGCAUCGCUCUGCUUCACCUGAAAAGCCAGCAGGAUUUCGCCGAUCUGAGCCAGCAGGCUAAAAAGAACCUGACUCUGGACGGGAAGGAGCUGAGCAUCAGUCCGGCCUACUUGUUCUGGGAUCUCACUGCCAUCUCGCAGUCUAAGCAGGACGAAGAUGUAUCGGCAAGCCGAUUCGAAGACAACGAGGAGCUCCGCUAUUCGCUGCGCUCUGUGGAGAAGCACGCCCCCUGGGUGCGACACAUCUUCAUCGUGACCAAUGGUCAGAUUCCCUCCUGGCUCAACCUGGAUAACCCCAGGGUUACGGUGGUGACGCAUCAGGAUAUUUUCUUGAACGGCUCCCACCUUCCCACUUUCAGCUCCCCCGCCAUAGAGACGCACAUCCAUCGCAUCCCGGGACUCUCCCAGAAGUUCAUUUACCUGAACGAUGAUGUGAUGUUUGGCAAAGACGUUUGGCCAGACGACUUCUACAGCCACUCCAAAGGACAGAAGGUGUACCUAACCUGGCCAGUGCCCAACUGUGCCGAGGGCUGCCCAGGAUCCUGGAUCAAAGACGGAUACUGCGACAAGUCCUGCAACAACUCCGCCUGCGACUGGGACGGAGGAGACUGCCUCGGCGCAGCAGGAAACAACCGCUUUCCUGCAGGCGUCGGCGGGGUCGGCCCCGGAGGAGCCGGUGGACCCGUGUGGCAGAUUGGAGGCGGAAUCGGCGGGAUGUCGUACUGCAAUCAGGGCUGUGCCAACUCCUGGCUGGCAGACAAGUUCUGUGAUCAGGCCUGCAACGUGGUGUCCUGUGGAUUUGAUGUGGGCGACUGCGGCCAAGAGCACUUUGGCGAGCUGCACCGUGUGACCCUGGUCAGAAACCAGAGCCUCUACACGCUCCCUCUAGGCGAGACGAGGCCGUAUUUCAGCUUCGAGAAGCUGGCCCGCAGAGUCUCGGAGGCCCACGUCAGGGACAACCCCGCGGUGCGACACACGUCCGUAGCCAACAAGUGGAAAACCAUUCACCUGCUGCUCUAUCCGGGGCAGAACGCCACCCAGCUCCAGUACAACGUCACCUUCCAGAGAGCGGAUGACUCUCAGUUCACGAUGAGCUUCAGCGUCGCUGUCGACACGCGUGAGGUUCCUCAGACUAAUGCCUCAAAGGGCGGGAGCAAAGCAGCAGGAGGGGAGUCCAAACUCGCCCCGACGCCCGAGCCAGUGUUCCCUUUCUCCGAUGUCCCCGAGGACAAACGAGGGCCUAAGAUCCAGAGGAAGCAGCCUGCUGGAUCUCCGGUUCUCAUAGAGGUUCCUGUGGUGAAUGUAUCCGUUUUACCAGCCGUCGUGCGACAAGAGCUGGAAAAGUUGGAGGAAAAACUUCUAAUUGGUGACAUAACAAGGAAGGGUUACAAUCUCACCAAAGCCGAGCUUCUAAAACCGUAUCGUACCCGGUCUGAGAAGCGUCAGGACAUCGCUGUACAGCCAGACAAAGUCCAGAAGAGGCCCUACAAAGACCUGGAGGACGACGGAGGUGGAAAAGAAACGGAGGAAAAUCAAAAGUCUGAUCAGAAAGCGCCAAAGGAGGCUCUGGAAAAUAAACCUUCCCCUUCUCUGGUCCCGGUCCGCAUCGAUGACAGAAUAAAAAGUGUUCUAAGUCCUGAACGUUAUCCUCUGAAUCCUGUAAUCGAGAGGCCCAGGACGUCCAAGCUUCUCAACGUUUCCCAAAAGAGGAGCGAGGAGAUUCAAGCUGAGGUCCCUCCUGCAGUCGGCAGGAAGCUCCAGCACUUCACCUCCUCAGACCGAGGCUUCCUGCCGUGGGAGAGGAGGAAAUACUUCCAGGCCUUGUUGGAGGAGGAGGAGCGUCUUCAGCGAGCGUUGUCCUACAGGACGGACGGCGCAGCGACGGGACGGAAGCUGCAGGACACCUUCGCUGACUCGCUGCGCUACGUCAACAAGCUGCUGAACGGCCAGUUCGGCUUCACGUCGCGCAAAGUGCCCGCGCACAUGCCGCACAUGAUCGACCGUCUCGUCAUGCAGGAGCUCCAGGACACGUUUCCAGAAGAGUUCGAUAAAACCUCGGGCCACCGCGUUCGUCACUCCGAGGACAUGCAGUUCGCCUUUUCCUACUUCUACUUCCUGAUGAGCGCCCAGCAGCAGCUCAACGUCUCAGAAGUGUUCGACGAGGUCGACACAGACCACUCCGGCGUCUUGUCGGACCGCGAAAUCCGAACUCUAGCCGCCAGGAUUCACGAGCUUCCCCUCAGCCUGCAGGAUCUGACAGGUUUGGAGCAGAUGCUGAUAAACUGCUCUAAAAGCCUCCCGACUAACCUGACCCGUCUCCACCUGGUGAGCCCCACCCAGGAAGCCUACUUUGACCCCAACAUGCCUCCUGUCACCAAGGACCUGAUCGUUCACUGCAAGCCGAUCACAGAGAAGAUUCAUAAAGCGUUCAGAGAUCAGAACAAAUACAAGUUUGAGAUAAUGGGAGAGGAGGAGAUCGCUUUCAAGAUGGUCCGGACCAACGUGUCCCACGUGGUCGGCCAGCUGGACGACAUCAGGAAGAACCCCAGGAAGUUCAUCUGUCUGAACGACAACAUCGACCACAGCCACAAGGACGCUCCCACUGUGAAAGCUGUGCUGAGAGACUUCUAUGAGUCCAUGUUCCCGCUGCCAUCCCAGUUCGAGCUUCCCAGAGAGUACCGCAACAGGUUCCUGCACAUGGAAGAGCUCCAGGACUGGCGGGUGUACCGGGACAAGCUGAAGUUCUGGACCCACUGUGUCCUCGUGACUCUGGUCGUCUUCACUGUUAUGUCCUUCUUCGCUGAGCAGCUCAUCCUGCUGAAGCGAAAACUGUUCCCCAGACGCAGAGUCAACGGGGACAUCAACCCAGAGCGAGUGUAAGAGACAGUCUUGUCGUGUCGUCUCCUCUGGAGGUCGUCCUCCACUCCUCCUCCACUCCUGCUCUCCUCCUGCUGGCCGGAGACGGCAGGAACGGACCCAGACAAGGUGACUGGGCUGGACACAACAGUCUGGACUGCAGAGUGUUGGAGACUCGGGAUGCGGAUGGCGGCAGUAAGCUACUGCAGCCAGACUUAAAAACAACAAAAAAAGAAACUUUUAAUUUAAUUUUUAUUUUAUUUGGGGCAUUCAAGACAAACACACAACACUCCUCACGUCAGAUGCUGCCAUCACAUCGACUCUAGAUGUUAAACUAUGAAGCUGUUUGCAGCAGGUUGUAUUAGAAGAUACACGAAGCAUACCUGUAUUUUAUAACGGUACAAACUUCUAAAAUGUGUUUGUUUUUUUUAUGUUCAAUAUGAUUUUGUUUAAAAGACAUCUGACGAUGUCACCUUUGCUGCUGGGGAAAAAAUAAGGCGGGCUUAAACGGAAAGUAUUGCUUUUACGGCCUUGGGUUUUUAGUUUUUGUUUUAGAGAUGUAAAGAUUUCAGUAAAAGUAUUUUGGGUUGUGGCCGUUUUCACCUUUUUGCCGCUUGAAAAACAUGAAAAACAUGAAGUGCCUUCGUUGUUUAUUCCUGCUAGAGUCAAACUUUUUCUUCUUGACGUGGGAACGCGCCCCAACACUCCUGGUUUACAGAAACGACGAGUCGGAUGCCGAUGGAUGCUCCUCACUGUACGUGAUUGUGUAAUGUGUGAUGUUUGCGCAGCUUCACUGGCUCCUGUAGGCGUGUCCCUGUGGGACCCGGCAGGCUCGCUGCUGUCUGACAUUCAGACCUCCCACAGCAUGCUCUCUAACUUAUUUUCACCGUGUUGAUGUGGUAACAGUUGAAUCUGGAGUGCUGUGUUUGGUUGAUGCCAAGCGUGUCCUCUUUUCUAGUGUCCCAAAUAAUCCCGUUUUAGACUCAUCUGAACAUUGUUUUUGUUUUUUUCCAGAAGCCCUGAAAGCCUGAUUGCCAGGAUAAAUUACUCGCCAUCUUUGUUAGUUUUAAGAAUGUUUUGUAUUACAGUGACAGAGAUGUGGGAGAUGUCGUCUGUUUGUGCCAUCCGGUGGUCCAAGAUGCUAACGAGCAUAUUGGCGGACCAGGACUCUUCCUCACUUUGAGUCAGUGGUUCGUCAAAUUUAAAUACAUUUUUAUUUGGUCAGUCGUCUGGGUUCUACUUUGGGGGCAUUUCUGUUUUUAUUUUGAAGGAACAGACUGACUGUUUCGAAUAAUGUCUGUUUCUUGAUGUAUUUAAAAGAAGAACUCUGCAUAAAAGAUCAUUUGUAAGACAAAAA